CACGAGGACAUCCAAAGGUACCUGCGAAAGGCACUCCGAGGCCUCAAGCUCGGCCCAGCCCGCCAGUAGAUUGAGCAAGAUAUCUCGACAAAAGCCCGCGGCGGAUUCCAAUGGGUUAUUCUGAUCGUUGAAACGAUACUGGUUAAGAACUUGGUUGGCAUCAGGGCAGACAGACUGCUCAAUGAACUGACAACCUGCCCGCAAACAUUGAGCGACAUGUACGAUGCGCUAUUAAAGACUGCCUCUGAAAUCGAGAAGCAUCAGAUGAUCAGACUUUUCCAAUGGGUCUUGUUCGCUAGGAGACCUUUGAACGCUGACGAGUUGAGGGAUGCGUUGGCUAUCAGCAAUAACACCUCCUGUACUACGGUCUCCCAGAUGAGGACCCACGAUGGCUGGUCGGAUUCGCUGGCGAGCUUCGAACAACACGUCAAACAUAUUUCCAAGGGUCUAGUAGAGUUCCGCGAUCAUCGCCACUCAACGGCCUCAGAGAGUGGUCGUACAGCACAGUUGAUUCACCAAUCAGUAGCUGAUUACUUGUUGGAAAGGUGGCUGAAGAACGAUAACUACGAUCAAACUGAGACUGCCCAUAUCGAGCUAUCAAGGUCGUGUCUCAGAUACUUAACGUUGGAGGAAGUCCUAUCGUCGCCCUUCCCGUUGGAAGACAGUUUUACAUCAAAAUACCCUCUAGCAUCAUAUGCAACGAACAAUCUGUUCGACCAUCUCAAAAGCUCGCCAUGGGACCUUACCAAACAAUGUUACCAGGUCAGCACCUUUCUUACGUUGCAGUGGACGCCCCUCACUAGGACUUCGCUUGCGCUCUCGACGUUAUGGAGAUUUUUGGCACUGCCAAAUAUACACGAAGAAGUGCACUGGCCAUUCCACGGGGCAGCAGGCUUUCAUGCAUUGGCCGCGCUCGGGUCCAAGAGCUCCCUCAAAGCUGUGGAAGAAUUAUGUUCGCCGAUACAUGGUAGGUUUGAUCGCGCCAGAUGUCGACCGCUACAUUCUACGAGCAUAGACAGUCAUAAAGAGAUAAUAUUGGCGCUCUUGAACCAACACACAGAGUCCUAUACGGGGAGAGGUUCGAGCAUGGAACAUUCCAGGGCCAGUCUCACCAACUUUCACAGCCGUGCCGUGUCGACAAUUGCUUCCGCGGUCAAACCCGAAACAAUGGUCUUCCUCGGGUUGAUGGACGCAGAUCUAGAUAUCGGUCGAAUGUCACGAGAUGUUAUGCUGCUCUACUUCGCUAUCAGCAGUAGAAGUACGACGCUCUUCGACACGAUGAUCACCCAGUGCACUUGCCUGAACGGUGCGAUCUACUUUGCAUUAACUACUUGCACAUCGGAGGAGGACACUGUUCUCGAAAACAUGGUGGCAAUGCUUCUCCAGUCAGGCGCAAGUACGGCCAGGUCCUGGACAUAUCAAUCACCUGCCUCCAUCAAAUCCGAGGAAAGUAUGGAUGAGGCGUUACAGCUAGCUUUCAAAAGGGGCCUCACACACAUGUUCGACUUACUCGUUGAAUAUAAGGUCUCAAAAGUAUCGUUGGAUGUCUUUGGCCCAAAUCAGCUCAUAACGGCCGUUACUAUGGGUCAUGUGGGUAUUGCUACAGCUCUGCUCAAAGAUGAGCCUUCGGCUGUAGAGCAGCUAGAUGCCCGAAAACUUACAGCUUUAGACCUUGCAUUCCGGCAUAAUCGUCUCGAUGUCGUAGAAGUUUUGCUAGAGUUAGGCCAGUAUUCAGCACAAAGCUCAACCUUGAGCAACUUCUUCUUCAAGCUUGUCGAUUCGGAAAAAACACACAUCCUCGAAGUUCGCCCCGGGAGCCAACAGAACACGGUGAUCGUGUUGACUGCACAACGAGGUAGUCCGAAGAUAUUUAGACUGGUUCUCGACAUGCAUCAGAUGAAUGUUUAUGCAAAUGACGAACAAGGUCAUUCGUUAUUAUGGUACGCUGCCCGAGGUGGUUGGACCGCCAUGGCGGAGCUACUUCUCGACGCGAACGACGUCAACAUGAGAGACAAGCACCAUAAUACACCACUACUUCUAGCGGUACUCAAUGGCCACUUCGACAUCGUCACAUUGUUGCUUUCUACGAAUCGGGUAGAUGUAAACGCAAAGGGUUUGAUCAACUGCACGCCGCUGAUGCUGGCCGUUAAGAAAGGUCGUACGGACAUGAUUACGCUUUUACUUGCUGCAAGAGGCGUUGAUCUCAACACAACGAACCGAUUUGGAUGUUCGUUACUCCAAGAAGCAGCCGGCAGUGGAGAUCUGGAUGUUGUCAAACUCUUACUGGGCACUCCCCAAAUCAACAUCCAUGCGAAAGACAGUGAUGGAAGCUCCGCCCUGCACUACGCCGCGCGAUAUUGUCACAUUCCUGUAGUCAAACUGCUCGUCGAGACUGGCGAGUUCGACGACGAUAGAAUCUCCUUGCUGUGGGCUGCAGUAAGAGCUCAAGUUCCAGAGCUGAUCAAGGCUCUCCUCGGAACAGACCAUAGACUUAUCAAGGUCAAGAAUGAGCAAGGGCAGUCACUGCUGUGGCAGGUGACAGCAUCCGGAAGCCACGAAGCAUUGCAGAUACUGCUUGCUCUGCCUAAAAUAGAUUUAGGGGAAAAGGAUGAGGCCGGAAGAUCACUUCUGUGGCAGGCUGUCCAAACCAAGAACAGUGCGGUCGUGAAGCUACUGUUAGGCACAGGAAAGUUCCACGUCGGAUGUACCGACGAGAAGGUCGGUGACACGCCAUUCUCGUGUGUGGGAAGUGAAGGGAAUGAUGCGCUUGCAACCCUGUUGCUCGAUUUCCACAAAGCUACGAUCGGACACCAAGGCGGGCAUGGACAUUCUCCUCGUUGUGAAGCAAUAGGUCAUUUGCAACUGACAGGUAGGUAGAGAGUGAUAUUUUGACCUACUGCAAUAGAUCGCCUUUCCCACUUAAAAUAUGCGAUAUCACUUGACGAGCCAUGAGGAUAUCGUAUCACAAAGCUGGAGGUGUAAAGAUCACGUGUGGCAAUGCGGGGUCUGGAUCGCACGCGCCACCAUACUGACUGCAUUGAAACACUACA